AUGUCAUCCGUCGCGCACGACACGGCCUUUGACACGUUGGCCGCUCUGGAGCAGCGACUGCAACGCGUGCGUUUCUUGCUCUACGGUGCCUCUACCGCGACCGACCCGGACGCCAACGUCGAAACGCCUGCCGACACAACUGUAACUCAAUCCAUUGCUUCUCGACUACAAGCACUGCAGUCCGACUUCAACUCCCUNUUGUCCAACAACAAGCCCGCCCAGGAAAUCGUUGCACUGCGUAACUCUCGCCCGCCGUCCGACCCGCUUCCUGCUCAUCUGACCUCGAGAUANGAAUCACAACUUCAACAUGACUCCCCUGACAUGACCCAAGAUGCUCUGGCUACCCUCGUUCUCUCCCAUGCCCCUUCGUACCAGGCAACAGCUGCUCGCCUGACCUCUCUCCAAGAUCUACCGCUUCCCGAUUCUUCUGCCUCGGCCUCUUUGAUUAACUUGCUUCCUCGUCUGCAACGUGCUACCAACAGACAAGAACAUCAACAACAGUCCAUUGCCCAACUGCGACAUCAGAGCCUUGCCUUGCUCGCCAGAUGGUACGAUUCGGCCAUCAUCGGAAUGGACGAUUGCUGGACCGAAUGGGAAGCCAGACUCAUGCAUCAGGAGAAGCUCGUCAGAAGAGCAGAGGCUGAUAAAAGGCAAGACGACAACCCUCUGUGA